GAAGGAGGACGGAGGGGCUUGCUGCUUUCGGGGAGUUCGAGCCGAGCGGCAGCGGCGGAGGAGCCUCUUGUCCCAGUCGUAGCGGCCGCCUGCUCCCGGCCUGUGUGCGCUGGGCGGCCGCGGCGGGCGUGAGGAGCCUGAUCGCGGCGCCCCGGGGGGCCGCCCCCAUCCCCAUCCCGCAGCCGGGAGGCUCCGGAGGAGGGGGAGGCGGCGGCGGAGGCGCUGACGCAGCAGCGUGGAGCCCGGGACUCGGGCGCCCCAGGGGGGGGUCCAGCUGCUGGAUUCCAUCCCGGCCGGGGCCUCCGGCUGCCCUGGGCCCCGACGGGCCGGGCCGGCCACGGAGCAGCGCGGGAGAGCGCGGCGGAGUGAAACCGGGUCCUAUGACUCAUGCCCGGAAGAAACAACUUUUCCUUCUAAAACAUCCAUCUGGUUCUGCUGGCCAAGAUUUGUCACCAGUAGACGGUGAAAGAAUGGAUAGGACUGAGGCAGAGUGCAGUGAGCAAGGAGAGACCACUGAUAUUCAAAACUGCCAGAGUGGAUUUAUGGGUGUAAACAAAAGCAGGAAUUUGCAGGAGAUCAGAAAGACGUACCCAUUAAGGAAACGUCUGAUCACUUCUGUGGACAAAAAAACGUGCAAAGUGCUUCUCACCAGACUAGAGGACGUGGCUGGAUCGUUGUCAAAAGAGACCCAGAGUGGCACAAAAAGAGACCUCUCCAGUUGGAUGGAUGACUUCAGACCUCCCUGUUUCCCAGAACAAGUUCAGACUCUGGGAGCAGGGAAAAGUGAUCCAUCUGGGGAAAAGUGCACAAUAACUUGUCCUGGAACAGAACAGGAACCCAGUGCUGCUCCUUUGGAGCCCAGGAAACGAAGACUAGCCUCUCUGAAUGCAGAGGCAGUGAAUAACCUGCUGUUUGAACGGGAUGAUGGCUUAUUAUCUGGCAGGCGUUUUCGGAAAGACUCUGUCAAAGCCAGUGGAGAUUGUAUCACUAAGGGCUUGCACUGCAAAGCUAGUGGCAACUGGCCCUCAUUGGGAAAACCAGCUGUAAAAACAGUUAAGGAAAAGAGUCAGAAUGGAUCCAGUCAGAAAUGUAAUAGCUCUGACCAUUCAUUGGAUGAUGUCUUUGAAGAUGGAACAAAGAGGGAGGAUAGUGGAAUUCCCUAUCAUCCCACCCCAAAGAGAUUGGCCAGUCUCAAUGCUGUAGCAUUUUUGAAACUGACCCAUGAAAAAGACCAACCUCUGAAGCCGAGGAGUAAAUCAGAUGGAGAGGGCAAGUCUGAGAACCACUGUUCAAAGUCGAGGCUCAAGUGGGCCAAAGCCAAUAGGAAGAAUUGUGUCAAAUCCAAAAAGGAAAUGUCCAAUGUAAAAAUGGAGGGUCCACAUGGCUGGCAAGGAUUUCCUGCAAGUGCUUUUAGGAAAGCAGACCAUCAGGACUCCCCUAGUCCCCAUGGAAAAAUGGAAUCUCUCAAUUAUGAACCAUUAUCUAGUUCCUACGAUAGCACAGAUGGUUUCUAUCACAGACUGCCUUUGCUUAUGGGUGGGCAAGCUUCCAUGAAGCCUGAGUAUGGGAGACCUGGGGAGAAAUCUCCUACUCCCAAACAGGAGUUUCAUCAGCCUUCCUUCCCCGUGCAGCAGUUCCAUCCCUUGCCUGUGCCAGGAAAUCACACGGAUUGUGGAUGUCUCUGUGAAUCUUCAGAUUUGACUCCAUUGAACGGGUUUUAUGUUUAUUAUGGCCAAAGUGGAUACAGUGGCUACUCUCACUGCUCGGUUUACCCUAAGGAUGAGCUUUCGCAGUCUACUUGUGAGGGGCUUUUGGUAUCUCCAACUUCCUUACCAUCAGGUACUCCUUUCCAGCCACUUCACUGGUGUAACUCUCCAUACUGUUGUGGAGAAGGAACAGCUGUUAACAGUUACAGCCUUUGUGGAGUUAUGCACGUGCCAGAGAGCAGGAUUAGCAGUGUGCAUACAGGACGGAACAGCUACCCCUACAAAAUGCCUUUUGCAGCAGAAAGUUGCAAAUCUCUGGACCAGCUGAGCCUCACGAUCCCUGUGGCAGGGCACCCUGCAUCACCUGCCCACCCACUCUCAGGAUGUCCUGUGCCCAGUGUGCCACCAGCUGCAGAACCAGUUCCUCACUUGCAGACCCCCAACUCGGAACCCCAGACCAUGGCCCGAGAGUGUCCACAGAGCUCCAAGCCCCCCAGUGGCUCCAAAUCUGGUCUUCGAAAUACUGCUGGCUGUUUACAUGCCUGUGAUAGCAAAGCAGCAGGAGGUCACUCUCAUCCAAAGCAGCAGCGCAUCAGCAGGAGGAGAGCAACCAAUGGCUGGAUACCCGUGGGUGCAGCCUGCGAAAAGGCCGUGUAUGUUGUGAAUGAGCCAGAGCCAGCUGUUCGUAAGAGCUACCAGGCUGUGGAGAGAGAUGGGGAAAUUAUCCGGGUACGAGAUACAGUUCUUUUGAAAUCAGGACCGCGAAAGAAAUCUAUGCCUUAUGUGGCAAAGAUAUCGGCGCUGUGGGAAGACCCAAAAACAGGGGAGCUAAUGAUGAGUCUCCUGUGGUAUUACAGACCGGAGCACACUCAGGGAGGUCGCAAUCCCAGCAUGCAUCAGAACGAGAUCUUUGCAUCCCGACAUCAGGAUGAAAACAGUAUUGCCUGCAUUGAGGAAAAGUGCUAUGUUCUGACCUUUGCAGAGUACUGCAGAUUUUGUGCCUUGGCGAAGCGUCGUGUCGAGGGGAUCCCAGGCAGGAAAACAAUGAUGGUUCCUCCGUCAGAAGAAUAUUCCACCCCUCCACAUCGCAAGGUGCCAGAGGACACUGAUCCUGAUCUGGUUUUCCUCUGCCGCCAUGUCUAUGAUUUUCGACAUGGGCGCAUCUUGAAGAAUCCACAGUAGCAAAACUCUUCAGUCCAGCUAUGGUGAUGAUAAGUGGCGCCAGAGAGCCAGUGGCAGGUUGACUGUCUGGGACAUCCAUGCAUGCUCAGCAACUUUUCUAGUACUGCUUGCAGGCCAGAAGGAACGUCCAAGCACUCUGUCCUCAAAGACUGAAAAGAUUUCCGCAUUCAGGAACAGAUCCCUGUCAAGGAAGGCCAGCAGUUCAAAGCACAGCACUUCAUUAAAGAGGAUAAAUUAAAAUAUAUACCUAUAAAUAAAUAUAUGUAUAUAGAUAUAGGUACUUGCAUAUGUAAAUCUAUAUCUAUAUAUGUAUAUAGAGAUGCAUAUAUUGAGAGGGGUUUUGCAGGGGAGAAAAGCCAGUAUACUAAAUCCAAAGCCAUCAUUGGUGGGGGUGGUCAGAAUAUGUAGGAGGGAUGCUGUGGUGCAGGUAUGAGUCAAGCUGUGAUAGGUCCAUGGUUUUCAUGUCCUGAUGUGAAGAGAGAGGGCAAAGCCUGGUUCAUUUGCAUGGUACAGGAUAGCCAUGCUUGCCCAGCAGAAAAGGCAGGGUGUGGGGAUUCUUGAUGUCACUGCUACUUCAAAAUCCAGUAAUUCCUCGUGAAGUUGUGCCAGGUGCAGUGUGGCUGUCUGCCAUAUUGAAUAGUUUUUGCUUUGUAAAGGGAGAGGGACUCCUUUUCCCUAUACAGUUUUUCUGCAGUCUAUGAUUUACUACCCAGAUUAGGGCCUUUAGGCAGGCCGUGAACUCUGUUUCAGCUCCAAGGCAGAAAACGGGGCGAGGGAUAGUAAGCCUUACCUCACGCCUUUAUGGAAAGCUUCAUGUCUGUCAGAGGUCCUUGGCCAAUAGGGCACACUUCCAGCAGACACGUACUGUUGUAAGAUAUGGAACACACGAGGUUUGCUCUGUAGGUGAAAGCCAUGCUUUUCUUCUCUUCAGGAUACUUGUCUCCUUGCCCUCCUUGACAUCAGAGGCUAUCCCUAGCAGUAUAAAUGGUUUAUUCUCUCCCUUCCAAGUUCAGUUUUCUUUGCUGUAGUUUAGUCCAUAUAGAAUCUAGAUGCGCACAUUCCACCAUAGGUGGGUAAGCUAGAGGCAGGGGAAGAAAUGAAAAAUAUUUCCUUUGGCUAUUUCAUCCUAAAAAUGACACCUGACAUGAUUGUUUUGGUCUUGGGCAUGGUCAUACUGCUGAGAAAAUUAGCAGUGCUCUCUUUUGGUACUGCCUUCCAUCCUCCUCCCCUACCACUUAUACUGACAUCUGAACAUGCUCACCGGGGUGGCUUGGUUGCUUCUGAAAGGAACUGACCAAUGAGAGGUGUGCGUUGUUGAAAAAUGCUACCUGAUUCCUACAGAUACUUUUGCCUCUUGCCUUAUGUGUAUAGAUCCUAGAGAUACUUUAGUUUAUCUUAACACAAACUAUUGAAGUUAAUUCUAAAGAAAACCAAAGGACAGCAUAACAGAGUCCAUUGAAUCAGUCACACAAAGCUGGGAAUCCAUUUGUAGAUUGCACUAAUUUAAAGAAUGAGAAUCAACACUGUAUCAAUCCAUGUACCUGCUGACUGCUGGAGUCACUCAUUUAAACUAGGGACCUGUGUUUUCAGUUUUGGGGGUGCCUGAACUAGUGUUAAACAAUAGAAGUGUUCAUACUGCUUUAACGUUGUUGUCCUUUAAGUGGAAGUAGCACUACCUGUACUCACCAUGGACACUGACGGAGCUGGAAUCAAGGGGAUUUCCCUCUUGCUCUGAUCACUGAGGCUACGCCUACCUGGCCUGGAGAAAAUAUCCCUACCACAUUCAAUUCCGUUAAGUGAAAACAGUGCAGCCUGUGUUUCUGUUAGUACAGGUGUUAUCCAUAGAUUUGCUCUACAUACCAAAGAGGGGAAUGUUUAUGGAAGAACAAGAGGAUCUCGAAAGAAGAUGGGAAGGUCUGAGGCCCAUGAGGGCCAUGCCUGGAAGUGUGGCACAUGUUCACCUGGUCUCAGUGGACAAUUCCUGCUCAAUAUUCCAGAGGAUGAUGAAAAAUUCCAAAGUCCCUGCCAGUGCACCCCAGAGAAAAACUCCCAGGCCUUCAUUUUCAAGAGGUUUAACAGUAGGCACCUGAUUACAGAUCCAUAAUUUAAGCAUCUAAUCCCACUUAUACCUCAAGGUACUGUUGGUGUCAAGUAAUUGUCUGUGUUUUCCUUAACAGUUACUUGGAAUAAGGAGGUCAGGCCAUUGGCACUACAGAGCGCAUUUCACUACAGCAACAGGGCAGGUCAGGAGGAACCUCAGGGCUCUCACUUGGCCAAGUGAGAAGCAUCAUAGAGGGGAUGCUCACUGGUUCUAGAUGGGAGGACGGUACAGCUCCUGCUCCCUCAUAGUAUACAGUGGUGUGUUUGUGGAGCAAUAUUGUAGUUUCUGUAGCUGCUGCCUGCCCUUCUGGUCCCAUGGUGAGAGGUAGUUUUUGUGGCUACAUGGUGAAAAGGGGUGCACAGGGAAAAUGGAGCAGUGGGACUAAUACAGGGGAAACAGCCCAGAUUGAUGAUAGGAACCCUUAUAUGGACGAGCUGAUAUGUCCUGAGUCAGAUUUGGGACCCCUUGGAGAGCCAUCCUGAGUAGGAUCAAUGGGGUCAGGGACAGACCAUGCUAAGAUGUCUGGGAUCCUCUUUUGCAAAAGGAGUAGCUUUAUUUACUGAUGUCGUGACAGGGUUUCUCAAGCCCUCCUACUAACUCAAAUCUGCACACUACUGCAAAGUCAGUAAAGCGUUUACUAUCCAGCCUCAGAAACCACAGUCACUUGCUGAAAAUCUUACUUCUCCUGGUUCCUCCCUUCCCACCCCCUCACCUGUCCUAUCUCCUUUCCAGGGACGGGAAAAGAAAUCCAACUUGCCCAAAGGGGAGAGGAAAAAUUGUAUUUACCCAGGUUCUGGGAUGUGCUGUCACGCCUGUCCGGAGAGGAGAAAUCCUCUCUCUUCUGAUGUUACGUCAGAAUCUGCUUCAGGCCAAGAACAUUGUUCAAGACUCACAUGGUUGCUUAUGCUGUUGUGCAAACAGCAUGUAAAUGAAUCAAAAUGUCUUAUCCAUAAUGAGAAUAUUUCAUGCUUUUUUAAUCUAUUAGAUAUGGAAAUAUUUUUUGAAACUGAAAAUGCAGUCGGUAGAAUUUAAAUUGAAAUGUAAUACAUGUAAAAUAUAUUUUAGUUGAGAAUUUUGUAAAAUGCACUUUUUUGUGUCUCUUCCCUGGUUUCCCAGAUCUGUAUUUCAGUGUUUACAGAUGGAAUGAGAGCAUUCCCUAUACCCUCCUUCUGUGAGAAAGAUAUAUUAGAAGUAAUUCUUAAAAAAUAAAUUUGAAAAAUUGUAUUGAUUUAGAAAACAAAUGUCCAGUGUUGU